CCGCCAGUUAGCAGUGAUCAGCUUCCCGUCGUCGGCGGAACUGAGGCAUCUCGUGAACUGUCGACAGCUCUUCUUUGGGACACAGAAGGGGAUGAACACGCCAGCGGAGCGGCUGGUGCGAGGUGGGCGCGGAGGGACUGGCGCCGGGCGGAGGCUUCUUCGAACGCCCAAGUGCGCGCGGUGCCGCAACCACGGGGUGAUUUCGUGCCUCAAGGGCCACAAGCGACUGUGCCGUUGGCGAGAGUGUCAGUGCCCCAACUGCCAGCUGGUGGUCGAGCGGCAGCGAGUCAUGGCGGCACAGGUGGCGCUGCGAAGACAACAAACGAGUGAGGAAGGCCAUGACUUGAGGUCACGUGUUCAAUCGGCAGAGGCAUUGUUAGCACAGAAGAGGCUGUAUCAGAAGCAUCUGAGAAGCCUACAACAGAGCUCGUUGGCGCGGGAUAUCCUGCAAGGUUACCGUCAGAGGCUGGGACGCUUCCCAACGCCAAAUGGGACGCUCUUACCUCCAUUCUUGAGCGACAGGAUCAGAAAGAGACGCGCGUUUGCAGACCGCGAGUUGGAGACAGCUCUGCCACCUACGUUGCUCCUACAUCACCCCGACGAACACGCGACACUACUUCGAGACCGCAUCCUGGCCGGACUGCCUCUCACACUGAUACCUCUUGUUCCACCCCCACAAGCCGCCCUCUGGCCACCCCCAUGCCUCCAGCCUACCCCUGUACUAACCACCCACGCAGACCAAAAUUCUAACCUACAAGAUCCUGGAAAAACAUCAUUACCAGAAGCGAAAAAUCAGCCGAUCCCCAAAACCAAACCCAAGAUAUCUUUCUCUGUAGAAUCCAUUAUUGGGGUGAAGUGAGACGUCAACCCUCGUGCCUGGAUACAGCAUGAGGGAACAGAAACUGUAACCCCAUCAAUUUUAAUGAACUGGCGUCUUUUUCGUAAAGAACAAAUGUCAUGUAAUACUGCCGAAACGCAGAAGUGGAAGUCUGAACAGCCAGUGACUGAACGCCAGCAUUCCAGUUUCACUUGUCUUCAUAGCGCAUCAAUUCUUUGGUUUAUUUUUCCUCUGAAACUCUUAUGUAGACUGUGAAAUUAAUACACAGGUACGAAGUUGUGUAAUGAAAUUGUACAUAAAUUUAAAUGUAUCGAUUAUAAAAGUAAUAAAUAUUAUUAUUAAACAUGUAAA